ACGUAAACAAUCCUCUGAAUGUGGUUUUCACGCCGAUUGAAUCUUUGCAAACCUCGGCGCAGCUUCAACUAUCUUCGCCCGAAACUGCCAGGAUCUUUAAGGAUUCUUUCCGAAAGGAGCCUUUCCCAGGCUCUGUAGGACCAUCAUCUGUCUGGGCUGGGUGAGAAAUCUGGGUGACGUUUGUAUUCAGUCCAUGGUUGUGCCUCUGGAACAAAAGGUGGUUGUGAAGACGUUAGGUCGGCUGCUGGACAUCUCCCACCCGAUCUGUGUGAAGCAGUGGUGAAACGACUCUCCAGUGCCGACGCAGGCUGGGACUGGCAGCAUGAGGAGAUCCUAACAACUCCUACAGAUAUCCAAAGACGACCUCCUGAGCUGUAAGGAGGAGAUCUUGGGGUGUAUAUAUAGGUGUGCAGAUUUCACAGGACCCUGUAUUGACGUGUAACCUGUGAACGACGACAAGGCACCGCAGUGCUUGGAAUACUGGACUUUUACUGUAGCGAACACCAGCGGAACUGUUCCCAGCAAACAGCGACUGAACCGUAGCAGAUCUGUAGCAAUACUCAAUCAGAGACUGAUAAUGUAUCCAACACAGCUUGCCAGAAGACUCUCUGCUCUGACUGGAGCUUUAUUAGUGCUACUAACGAACCUGAGCUCAUUAUGUGGAGGUUUCCCGGAGGACCUGUACCCACUACACCAAAUCCCAUACUCUGAAGGAUCCCCUGAAUACGAGGUGUUCUGCGGACAUCGGCAUUCGGACGAGUAUUCUAACUGUUCGCACAACUACGAGUUCCAGCUGCUGCGGGAGAUCACGUACGAAGGGAAAAACCACCUCCUGCUCGGCGCAAAAAACCAUGUCUUCCUGGUGGAUGUUGAUGACUUCCAGAUAUUCAGAUCGAAGAUUGAGUGGAAGUCCACGGAGGAUGACCAGGGCAUGUGCCAGAUGAAGGGACUGAUGAAGCAUGAGUGUCACAACUUUAUCCGCGUUCUGGAGCUGAGAAACGACUCCACGCUGUUCGUCUGUGGAACCAACGCGUACGACCCUAAAUGCCGAGACUAUCCGCUGGAAGUGUUUUCAGAGCGUGCAUACAAUGGCGGCGCCCCCACCAUGUCUGGCAUCGCGAAAUGUCCGUUUGAUCCAAGCCAUAAAAACACUGCUGUCUUUGCAGAUGGUAAACUGUACUCGGCAACAGUUGCAGACUUCACAGCGAGGGAUACAGUUAUCUACCGGAGUCUGGGGUACGUGGAACCCUACGACCCCACCCUCAAGACUGAGCAGUAUGACUCCAAAUGGUUGAACGAGCCCAGCUUCAUCAAAUCCUUCGAACACGGCAACAAAGUCUUCUUCUUCUUCAAGGAAACUGCAGUGGAGUACAUCAACUGUGGCAAGACGAUCUACUCGCGUGUGGCCCGGGUGUGUAAGGAUGACCAGGGUGGCCAGCGCGUGCUGCAGAAUCGCUGGACGACCUAUAUGAAGGCGAGGCUGAACUGCUCUGUCCCUGGGGAGUACCCGUUCUACUUCGAUGAGAUUCAGGCCAUGACUGACCUGAUACAGGUCGGGGACAGCUACCGCAUGUAUGCAGUCUUCACCACACCACAGAACAGCAUUUCAGGUUCGGCCGUAUGUGCGUUUGACAUGGAGAACAUCACAGAGGCAUUCGACGGGAAAUACAAGGAGCAGGAGACAACGCAGUCAACAUGGCUGCCCGUCCCGCCCAACCGCGUGCCCAGCCCGCGCCCAGGGAACUGCGUCAACAACUCCAAACUGGUGCCCGACACGACCCUGAACUUCAUGAAGACCCACCCGCUCAUGGACAGUGCUGUGGGUGCGUGGGGCGGUGAGCCGCUCUUCAUCAAGACUGGGUCAGCGCGGUUCACAUCCAUCACUGUGGAUACAGAGGCAGGGAUCGGUAACCACCUGGUGAUGUUCAUAGGCACCAACACAGGGAAGGUUCUGAAGAUCCUGUACGUUGAUGGGAAGCAGGUUUUCCUUGAGGAGAUUGAUGUAAUGGACCAGGACACUCCUGAGGGGGAACGCUCCAUCUUAAACCUGCGCCUCGUCCAGAAGACACCUCGUGAAAAGGUCCUAGUCGCUGUGACCCAGCGCAAGGUCAUGCAGGUGCCACUAGCGCGCUGCCAGCGCUACAGCUCCUGCAGGUCAUGUGUGAAGGCUCAGGACCCAUAUUGUGGGUGGAGCGGUGACAACAAUGACUGUCGGGAGGCGGUUUCGAGCAACACCCUCCAAGAUGUUAUUAACGGAGACCAUACCAGCUUCAGUGGGUACACCUGUUCAGGCUUCAGUGACUAUGGAGAUACGAGUCCCCAGUCUACGCAGACUCCGUGUGAGUGCCGAUCUCCGGGCCCCCCGACCACACCCCAGGCCACCCUCCGCACCACCGGCCCUGGGGAGACCACCUCCCCCACCACGUCGCCUGUACCACUCCCCAGUCAGACGGACCCCCCCGGGGUCCAGCUGGGAGAGCCGCCCGAAAUGCCCCUGGGCAAAGUCGAGCAGACAGUGGUCAAGCCGCCCCCUGACUUGCAUGUGUCGUCCCAGGUUGGUUCUUACCCCGGCGGUUCCCCCACCACCCUCGCCCUGGCCAUCGUGUUUUCCGUGAUCGGCGGAGUGAUACUCGGCGUGCUGGUGACAUACUGCGUGGUGUGCCGACAGGGAGGGAAGGAUUCCCACGAGAGCCGCACGGUGGUAGAGGUUCCCGCGUCUCCUCCGCGCGAGAAGAAUGAGUUCCAGAAGAACGGCUCGCUGAACAACCUGGCUGACACCUGCAACUACAUCAACAACACCAAGAAGCAGGACAACUACAAGGUACGCAACGAGAACUUCAACCACAACCAGAACGCCAACGGGUCACCUUCCUCCGUCCCAAACGGCACAAUUCCGAAUGGUUCCCCCGGGCAGAUGGCCUCCAUGCACGUGAAAGACUCGGACAUCCGCAGAGAGAGUCUGAUUGACCGCGAGCGGAUGAGUGGGUACACCACACUGGAUCGGGACAUGACCACCUCCAGGAAGCUGCCGGGCGUCCCCUCUGACACGUCACCGAAACACCGCUACUCCAGGGCACACGGCCCUAUCAACCCUAACGAGUACGACAUGGGCGAGUUCAUCACCCCUCCGAAAGUGCCCAGCAAACAGACUCUGCCCCCCAGGGUGCCGCCCAAGGCCGGGACACUCGGGAGGGAUGGCAGGCCCAAGCCCAUGGGCCCCAAGCCAGUCCCUCCUCCCAAACCUCCCCAGUUACGGAUGCAACAGCACCAUCAUCACAGACACGCAGACUCGUAGGGGGGUGGACAGGGGGGGGGUGAAUGGACAGAUUGGACUUGUUUUUACAGAAAAAAAUGAAAUGAGGAAGAAAAAAAGAUGGACUGACGUAGAGUUGAACUCGGAGGUGUACAGGAUGGACUGCAGGAUGGACUGCAGACCACACGCGUGUGUAUGUGUGUGAGAGACGUUCCCGAGCGGACACAAUAUGGGGCUGCGAGACAGCACCCCAGGAUUGCAAGUAGCUCAAAUCACUGGCUGGGUCAGGGUUUGUGUAGGGCCAUGGUUUUUCUUUGUCGUCUGCUCCACUUAGACAAAGUUCUGCUGCACAUCGACAUCCGCCAUGCCCAAUGUGCCGUCAGCAAAGUGACCAGUUUGACUCACUGUGACGUCAUCUGCCAGAGGGUUAACGCAUGUUGCACUACAGACAUAGGCAACAUGGUUGCCAAGGUUGACAGACACAGUUCGGGCAGGCCCAACCUUUCUGUAUUACCAAUAAGUAUACAUGUAGAUGAAUCUCCCUUCAGCCGUCGAUGUGGACUGAACUCGGUGUCUAAGUGGAGCCAUUGGCCAGCUGUGACUGCACACUGCCGUCUUUUUUCCAGUUAUGGUUGUGCGACAUCAUGACACCAUUUCAUAUCCAUGUAUGGAGAUGGGCCGAUGUACUAACAUGCCUGCCACGGCACUUAAAUGUUGUACAGUCAUUGAAAUGUGUAUGUAUAUACUUAUAUAAUUUUAUCACAUCUUUGCUAUUAUGUCACAUUUUAAUGUUUCUUUCCAAUGUAAAUAUUAUGGCUUUAGUUUUGUACCUAGCAAUGCAAGUGCCUCAGACUCUGAGGGUCAGAACCCGUAUUGUAACACACCGUUUGGUUUGGGUUGAAUGUGACGUUUUUCUGUUCCUCAGGAGAGAAGUUAAACUUCAUAUCCUCCUGCUGCCCAGGAAAAAGGGACCCCGUAGUCUGGUGUUAGAUUGACACCCAGAAAACACACCUGAUUUUGGGACCAUAGUUUAUCUGAAUAUUUUAUGGAGUGCUCUCUUUCCUAUUCCUACAGACAAAAGUCUGUUUUCCUCAUUUCAUAGAGAGCAAAAAUGGGGAACAAAAACAACAGCCAAUUUGGUCUGACUGGUCUGGUGAUAGCUUCUUAGGUUGUUUUUGAAUUAACCCCAAAUAUGGUAUUUCUGACUACUUCCCAUAUGGGUAGAACUAUCAGUGAUAUUUCCAACACAAGUAAGACUAGUUACUAAUCAUGGAAGUUCUGCAUGUCCACCAGCAAGAAAGUAACAUGUGUUUCUGAGUUUGUACCAUGACCGUCCUUCCUCCAACAUGACAUCCUGUCGACUGUGUUCGACACCGACAUUCUUGUUGCUGACACCUUUGUUGCCAGUGACGACUGUACAUAGCAAAUGCAUUUUUGUUGUUUCCCGCCAUUGUUGCCAAGGUCUGUCAUUUGAGCCACGCUUGCACGUGUGGGAGUGAAGUGUGAUGAUUUUUCUGGCCCGUAAAAGUAAGUAGAAUUCUCCAUUAGACCAGCUCAGUAAGGGAGAGACAGACUGACAGUUCCAAACCUCUUACAGGGACAAACAUUUGUAUCACGUACAUGUAACAAAGAAUGCUACAGACUUGUGUGUGUCAUUUCUCUUACUACACAAUUGGGCAAUUGUUCCCUCCUGAACAAGGUUGUCCCCAGGUUGUCCUGAUGGUUGCACCACCAAUUACAGACUGGAUUGUCUACCAAGUGGUGAAAAGGUUUUUGCUAUUUCUAGGUUGAAAAUAUGAAAAUAACGUCUUUUAGACAACCAGAAGACAGCUUUGCUUCUGGGGUGAAGCUACCCCUGGGGACAACCAACCCCACCCCUGGGGUACAACCCUGCUGCUGAAACAUGUCAGAAAACUGAACUCUAGUUACAGAUAUCUCAGCUGAUAGUGACUCCAGGAGGUCUAGACACGUGUGUAUGUGGGAAUUAUUUCUAGCUGCGGGACAAACCAUCAGUCUAGGGGUGUAUCUAACAAUGGAAAUACUGUAUUUAAUAAGAUAUCGUCCCUAAUGAAAUGUAUAAUUAGAUUGUCAUGAAACAUAGAAAUGCUUCCCUUUUAAGUGAUGGUCUGUCCCGACAUGUUUAUGCCGUGUCUGGUUGUACAAAUCUCGAACUAAUCAGAAGUAUCAGACGAGUUUUAUUUUUGUAUGCGAGCAUCGGAAGGCUAGCUUAGUCCACUAGAAUCACGCUUGUAGGAAUAGAGUCCGUACCGCUGGCUGGCUAAGUUACCUGAAUACUGCCAUGAAAACCGCUGAUGCUGUAGAGCCAUUCACUGCCGUGAAACCAGGCUUUUCACUGCGGUGGAACUAGGCUUGUCUAGCCGUUCUUUUCUGCUAUUAAAAAGUCUGAGUUAAUUA